UAAUGUCUCUUCCUUCUUUUACUGAGGGAGCUUUCAAAUAAAUACAUGUCAAGUUCUAAAUUGCCUGGAGAAAUAUAUCGGGUUUCCUUUUUGCCAUGCCUGCGAGGCUCUACCUCACGAACCUCUCCAGGGGAGGUGUUCAUGGCUCCUUUUUCCUGAAGAGCAAAGAAACACUUUUUCUUUUGGCCUCCAGCCCUUCCUACCUGGCAAGCAGUGGUGAUGAUCACCUUGCUGUAAGUUCUUGCACUUCCAUGUUGACUCGAAGAGGGUCUGCAGGGUGCUCUGAAGCUGCGGUUGGCUGUCAGACCUUGGCACUAUGUCUGUCAAGUGACGCUGGCCAAGUUGCCCUGUCUUUCUGAGCCAGUGGACAAUUUCUUUCAUCUCCUCUGUGUAUUUUGUGGGGGGCUCUAAAUGCAAACUGCUUUCCUCUGUGCCACAUUCUAUGACUUUAUUUUCACAUAGGACAGAGAUUUUUUUUUUCUACCUGUGCUAAGAGAUUCUGAUUAUUUCCUUUUAGGGAAAAAAAAUGUUUCUAUAGGGACAUUAAAGGAGAGAAAACUAAAAUACAGGAGUGGAAAUUAAACUUGCAGUUUAAAUCCUGAAGUAUGGGAGAAGCUGGUGUUAUGUUGUGUCAUUGUGGCUCUGUGCACUUGUACAAGGUGGGUCCUACUCCUGCCUCUGCCCCUGACUACUUUUGCAAUAGUGGCAAGCUGUCUGUGCCCUAGUUCCUCCAUCUAGGAAUUGAGGAUUGUGGACAAUACACUGUGUUCUGUAGGACCUGUGGGAAAACGCUCUCAAAGCACCAAGUUCUGCUUCACAGGGCUUCUUCACUAAGGAAAAGGAAGUAACUGCUGCUCUUUGCUAGGAGUUCUGUACUUGUCUGAUUUUAACGGAGUCUUGGCAUUUUACUCUUCUUGUGUUGAGUUUGCUCAUACUUCACCAAACUCCUGUGCGCUCUCGGAUCUCAGCAGCCUUUCCCAUUGGCACCGUGUCCUGGGACAUGUUGUUUACAGCAACACGGCCUAUAUCUAAGUCCUUGACAUUCGUGCAAUCCAUCUCAGCAGCGUGUCAAGGCUUAUUGUGAACAUACAUCCUCCUAUCAAUCGCAGACAGGGGUCCUGUAGGGCUCUCCUCUGUCCCGGCAGCAGGAAGUGCUGAUAAGCUCAUCCGCCUGCUCCCUCGAGGCGAGCUGUAGGAUUCUUCACACACCUCACCUUCCUCAAGCGUUGGCGUGUCUUCAGAGGGGGCUCUGGCAAAGACAAGGCCAGCUUCAGAAAACACCAAAGCAUCUUUACUCGUUAGUCCAUUAGCACAAGCAGGAUGAGCACUUUCCAGCCUAACAAGUGCUUUGAAGGAUUUGAGUCCCUUCUGUAAGGGUGGGAAAGCCUUCUAAAUCUCUGGGAGGGGCAAGAAGUGUGGUUGCCACCUGCAAAACUAGCAUCCUUUCUUGCAUUAAAAAUAGACAUACCUAGGCUUAGACAGCAGCCGGUCUCUUGUGUGCCAAAAUAAAAUUCCAGUUCUCUCUUUUAAUAUUGCUUUCCCUCUUCAUGUCUUUUAAGCCAUAUUGAUGACUACUUUUAAGAAAUACUAACUUGAUCCUGAUUCUUCUUACUGCUUGGGAAGUCAGGAUCACUUUGGGGUGGGGAACAACAGAUGUACCAGAUCUGCCUAGAGGGUGCAGGCCCUACAGCAUCUAGAGUACUCCAUUGGAACUGUAUCCUCUCUCCCUGGGGGUCUGUUUGCAGAAGGGGGUUUUUUGGUUUUUUUCUUCCCCCCUUCCUUACUUAGUAAUAAUUGCUCCAGCUCCCCGAGGCAUAGAUUUGCAGUGGCUUACUCUAAUGCAGGCUACUAUUGUUUGUGGGGGAACUGGAGCUAUUAAUGUAAUCCAAAAUAACUUGGAAAGCAAAGAGAAACUGUUGAUAGAAGAGUUGCAUCUGCUGGUGCUUUUGUCAGAAGACUGAGAUGGUCUUUGUCUUGUGGAUUCCAAAAAUGUUAGAGGUGGCGCACUGACUCUUCUCCGUCUUUAGACUGAACUAGCAGUUACGGUGAUUUUGGGAUAGUGUCAUUGCUGGGAAUGCUGGGGCAUCUCCUGAUUUAAUCCAUUUUAGAGAACUUGAUUUGUGACACCUUUGAGGCUCAAAACUGCUAUGAUGCUGUUCAUUUCUCGAUGUUAAUUGUCAGUCGCUUACAUAUAACUGUCAAAACAUUACUAAUGUCAGGCCUAGUAUACCACCUACAAAUAUAAAGGCAUCUGAUAACGAAAUGGUUCAGAUAAAUAUACACACCUCUAACGCAAACGGAAAAUUCAAUUCAAGCUUGUCAGUUUUAUUUACCCAGGAUCUUAAGUAUGAAUCAACAUUUCAAUGUAAAUGGCAAAAUAUAACUUCCUGUGGCUUGCUGUAUUACACUCCGUUCAAUUUUAGUUUCUCUUCUGGGAAUUCACAUAAUCACCCUUUGAGGGUUAUCUGCCCUGCUAGCUUUGCAUAGUGAAUUUGUUCUCCUUUCCUGUUGAAAAAAACUUCUCUGGUACUGCACGGCUGUCAGCACAACAUAGCCACAGUGGUUGGGUUUGGGUUUUUUUUUUGCCCUAGAGUCGUUCACCACUGAAAGAUUUCUGGGGUGGAGCAGAGCAGCGUAUUGUACAUCACUGCCAGGGGAGCACCCAGAUGGAGAGAGGCCAUUGAGAACUUUUUAUAACAUAUAAUUUCUGCAAAGCAGGCAAAUACCCAACUCCUUGUCUCAUGCAAAUUCAAUAUGAAAAUAACAGAGCCAUUUUUUUCCUACUGGGAUUUAAAGCUAGCACAUCAACCUUGACAUUAUUCUUUAUGCCAGCCUGCUGCAGAAAUGCAAGGUGCAAAGGAGAUGUGGAAAUAAAUGCCUACACUUGCUUGAUUGUACAAUUACUGUAGGCUUAGCCGUACUCUUUGCUGAUGGAGAGCUUUCUGCCUGCAGAUGAUUUCCUGGUGGAGAACUGUAUGACCAUUGUUCAUAAGCAGGGAGGGACUUGUGUAGAUGUACAUAUAUGUUAAAAACAGAGCUUUAAAUCUAUUCUCUAUAAUAAGAGCUACAGCUAGUGGCAUGAGAGGGAAGAUCCCUUUCAGCUUAUUUGGUGACCUUGGUAUCUCACUGCCAGUCACAGUGCAUGGUUUGCUUUAACAGGGAACAGAUUUCAGCGUGCCAUAUCUUAUCUGUAGCCAGAGCUCGUGGUUAUGACCUGCAACUCAACCUAGUUUGGUUUGAACCAGUAAGGCAGAGGUUCUCGCUCAGUUUUGCAUGGAAGUUAAUUCGGUAAUGUUUGGUUUCUUCUGUGUUGUUUUGGUUUUGUUUUUUAAAGCCAGAGAUUACAGGAAUACUGCAGAAAAUUGUCCUUAUUUGCCUUGUUUGAUAAUCUCACUACAAUGGUCAGUUUGUGUGACGAGGAGUGGAAAGGGUCUCUGUGUAGCAUAGGAACAGCUUAUUUCCCUGUGGGACACCAGUCUUUCACUUUGACUGAUGUUCUCAUUGUAGCUCUGAUCCAAGCGUUUGUCUGCAAUCUCUGCUCGGAAGGAUCAGUUCUCCUCCUUUGGCCACUAUUUCCUGCAGUUAAGGCUCUCUUACUGGUGUUUUCUGCCUGUGGGGAGCCAUGAAGGAGCUUGUGGAAAGAGCAGAGAUAACAACAAGCACCCAUCUGUUCUUCUUUUCCAUCCCUUCGGGAUGUCCGGGUGUCCCUGGUUAGAAUUCUUCUCCAGAUAAGAUAGUGGAGGUGUCACUGUGGGGCAGUCAGGCCAGAAAACAAUAGCGGGUUGAGUCCAAAACCCAAGAUUGAUCAGUAAGUACAUCUCUGUUGUCAAUAAGGGGCAGAGCUGCUCUGUGGAGGUCAAGGCUGGAGCUGUACCCCACAUCCCUUCAGCUUCUUCCUCUGGUAAACUCCCAGGAGAGCAGUCACACUUGUUCUUCAGAAAGCUUGGGGUCAGAAGCUCCACCACGAGGAAGGCUGCAAGAGCCGUAGCAUAUGCAAGGACUUUCAAACCUCUGUUACUUGAGUGAUAGCUGUUCCUUGGCUGAGUGGGAUGUUCCAGUACCUGUUUUUCUGCAUCUGCUUCGUCAUCCAGUUGCAGCCAGUGUCUUUGAUGGGUGAGUAAAAAGGCAUUGCCCUCAAGCUUAUUUCUGUUUGCUAUCUUUAAGGUUCAUGCCGAGCCUUAGUAUUCUCAGGUGAAAGACUAGAAGAUGUGAGAAGUAUCUUUUUUCUUUGAAGGUAGUGUGGAGUUCUUUCCUGUUGGAAAGGUCUUUCUGUCACAGAGUGUAAAGAUUCCCACAUCAGGAGAAUCUCUACUGCAAAGACACCGUGGGAUUUUCCUCUCCCUUCGGAGGAGAGACUCUGAGUAGAUAUUGUGCUACUUUUUCACCUGCUGCUUUGAUAAAUCUCAACUGAAUUUAGUGUCAUAAUGCAGUGCUGCUCAUUUCAUUGCUUAGUUGUGCCAGAGCAGAGACCUCUGGUUACACAAUAGGCACAGGAUUAAUCUCUCUGCAGAACGGUGGGCUUGCUACAGCCUGAUUUGUCAUCCAAUAUAUAUGGUAGAAUGUCAGCUAGAGAACUAACGAUAUCAUCAAGAUUACAAAUUGAAAAGCUUUACUUCAUAGCUAAUGCUUGUCAGGCUGAAUUGCUCAGGCCAUGCAAGAAGUGUUGGGGAGGAAAAAAAUUGGGCAAAGAAAAAUGAAAAAGAGAGGGAACUGGAGACAGUUAUAUGUCUUGUGCAAAACCCCCAUGCUUUUGUUGUCUGGGGAGAAGCAAUAGGAGGUUGAUUGGUUGCUUCUAUAUUAUUGUGGAGUUUUUUCUUAAAAACUCAAAUUAGUUUUCUAGUAAACUGUGCUGCCAAAGACUGCUUGGUGUCUGCAGGAAGGUUGGCCUGGGGCAGUGCUGGCAGUCCGAGGGUGGCCACGAAGGCUCUGCAGUGUUCCGAGGAGCACCGUCUGCCUUUUCUGCUUGUUCGCCUCCCUCCUCUUCAUUCCUGCCUGAAGCUCUCGGGGAAAUGGGAGGCGUGAGGGUGUGCUCCCCCAUUCCCCUGAAACGCCUUCUUCCAGCUCCCCCCGAGCUUGCUGCGUGUUCAUCUCAGUAAAUUUUGACUUUACUUUCUGAAUGUUUAGGAGACAAUGUGAUCUCCCUAGAUGAGUGUUUUCAGAGUCUGUCUGCAAAGGAUAUUUCAUAAAGUUAAUUAUAAUCUAUGAAAGCUAAUGAGUGUGUAUUUUUGGUGCUGCCCAGCUGGGAGGCUGACAGGGCAUCCCUCGCUUCGCCUCGUUUGGCUUUUAACAACACAGAAGCCUUUUAAUCUUAGUCAGUGACACCCUAAGGCCAGACCAAAUUGUCUUGUGGAAACCAAGUGAGUUAGGCUGAGGGAAGCCCAGAGGAAGCUCUGUUCAGCUGCGUGCAGAGAAAAGGCAGGACCCAGCUCUUCUGUGGCAAGAAGUGAGCUUUGUUUAACAGUGCUGUUGUCUGGGGGUAAGGGGAGGCACCUCUGCGGCUCGGGAGAACUUGGCUGGUUGUACUGGGAGUGAAUCUGCUCCUCUGUCUAUCUUGUGAAUUACGGCGCUAGAGAUCCCCUUCGUAACCCCGAUCUGUGCUCCCUGUGCCAGUUUGCGGCUCUGCAGCGCUCUCAUGGCUAAUGGCAGCUCCUCCUGCCUUUUGUGCUGGAUUUGGGGCCAGACAAAACGUGUCUAUGGCUGAGGAAGGUGUAAGGAUGUUUGUCAAGAGAGAUGUUCUGUUUGUGAGAAGCUACAAGAUGGCACGUCAGCAGGACAGGUACUUACAGCAGCUGCAGCCAGACACGGGCGACUUGAAGCCCAUUCUCUGAAGCACUUGUAGUUCCCACUUUAAAGCUAGUGAAGCAAAUCAAAAUAAUGAACUGAGAAGGUUUGUCUGCGUCCUGAGCAUUCUAAUAGAAACAGUAUGUCUCCCCACGGCCCAAAUUGCAUCACCCUGUUGUAUAAACAGAAGCAAAACUGAGAGUGCAGUUUUAGAACUUAAAAAGAAAUGUGGUGUGGAAAGCAGAGGUUGUUCCAAUCUGAGAUACAUUUUAUCAGAAUGAUUGGUUUUAUUAGCCUAAUUCUAGGAAAUGGUAAUCAAUUUUCCUUACUCAAGGCAGUAUUAGCAUUCAUUUCGCUUAAUAGAAAAUAGCUAGUCAUGGCCCUGGACCCCUGCUCUGCCUACAUCAGCCUGAACGAGCCCUGGAGGAACACAGAUCAUCAGAUAAACGGCUCCCACGGCCAGCCGACAUGUGACAGUCAAAUCGACGGGGAGUGGUACCGCUUCACUGGCAUGGCCGGCGACGCUAUGCCUACCUUCUGCAUCCCAGAGAACCACUGUGGCACCCAUGCUCCCAUCUGGCUGAACGGCAGCCACCCGCGAGAGUCGGACGGCAUCGUCCCUCGCCAAGCCUGUGCCAGCUUCAAUGGGAACUGCUGCCUUUGGAAUACCACGAUUGAUGUCAAGGCGUGUCCGGGCGGGUACUACGUGUAUCACUUAACCAAGCCUAGUGUUUGUUUCCAUGCCUACUGUGGGCAUUUUUAUGACAUCUGUGAUGUGGUGGAUUGCCAGGGCUCCUGCCUGGACACCAGUGACUGCACGUGUUCCCUGGGGACGACACUAGGACCUGAUGGACAGACAUGUCUUGAUGAAAAUGAAUGUGAGCAGAACAACGGAGGCUGCAGUGAAUUUUGCGUUAACCUGAAGAACUCCUACCGCUGCGAGUGUGGGAUCGGGCGCACGCUGGGGAGUGAUGGGAAAACCUGUGAAGAAAUCGAAGGCUGUCACAAUAACAACGGGGGCUGCAGCCAUACCUGUAUUGAAGUGGAAGACACAUACCAAUGUGAAUGUCCGAGGGGACUUGUUCUGUCAGAAGACAACCACACUUGCCAAGUUCCAGUGCUGUGCAAGUCCAGCUCUAUUGAGGUGAGCAUCCCAAAGGACCUGGUUGGAGGCCUGGACCUUUCCCUCAUCAACACAUCAUGCAAAGGAGUAUCCAAUGGCACUCACGUCAACAUCCAUUUCUCCUUGAAGUCCUGCGGCACUGUUGUAGAUGUAAUAAAUGAUAAAAUCAUUGCCACCAACCUGGUGACCGGCUUGCCAAAGCAGACUCCAGGAAGCAAUGGGGACAUCAUUGUCCGCACCAGCAAGCUGCUGAUCCCGGUGACCUGUGAGUUCCCACGCCGGUACACCAUCUCUGAAGGUUAUGUGCCCAACCUCAGAAACUCUCCCUUGGAAAUCAUGAGCCGCAACCAGGGCAUCUUCCCCUUUACUCUUGAGAUCUUCAAAGACAAAGACUUUGAUGAACCCUACAGGGGUGCUCCUCCCACCCUCAAGCUUCGGGACUCUCUGUACUUUGGGAUUGAACCCUUGGUGCAUGUCAAUGGACUAGAGACACUGGUAGAGAGCUGCUUUGCCACUCCCACCUCAAAAAUCGACGAGAUCCUGAAGUACUACCUGAUUCAAGAUGGCUGUGUUUCUGAUGAUUCGGUGAAGCAGUACACGUCAAAGGACCAUCUUGCCAAGCAUUUCCAGGUUCCCGUGUUCAAGUUUGUGGGCAAAGACAACAAGGAGGUGUUCCUGCACUGCCGCAUCCUCGUGUGCGGGGCGCUGGACGAGAGCUCGCGCUGUGCCCAGGGCUGCCGCAGGCGGGUGCGCAGGUUGGCCGAGGCCGAGCGAGAGGAGGAGGAGGAGGAGGAGGAGGAAUCUGUUCACAUGGCAAACCACAUCCUGACAGGUGGCCCCAUCAGAAUCGACUUUGAAGACUAACACCCACCCACUGGAACAGCAUCUCCGCCUGAGACCGUCCUUCCUUAUCAGUGCCUUCUCUGUGCUUGGUUGGGAAACAAGAGGUGUAUGGUAAAGCCCCACUCGAACCUCAGGACUUUUUUCCCUAAAAUCCCGUGGUGAUUAUUUGUGAAGUAUGUGGGGCACACAAGGCAGCCCUCUGAGUGCAGCCCGGACUGCAGAACAGUUUGGGUUUAGCCGCGUUUCUUCCCAACAACCCUUCAGUUAACCCUAUUGCUUUGCAGGGCUGAAGUGUUACCCAGCUUUGUCUUCCCCUACAUCCACCUGCAGGCUCCACAGGACUGUUUGUCCUUGACUAAACAAAUGUUACUCGAGCCAUUCUUUCAUCAGACAAUACAAAUACUACCAUAGCUGAAUGUGUUUGCUGUGCAGUUCUGCGAAUGAUGCUGAAUCUUUUGGAUGUGAUGAGGUUUUGAAUGACCAUUAAUAAAAACAUGUAUAUUGUAUCUCAUAAUGUGUAAGUUCCUUGGAGCUAUAAACCAGUUGCCAUCACAGGCAGCUAAAGCUCAGAUCUAUCCCAGGCACAUUUAAAUGUUAUUUUUAAAUAGUAAAAGGUAUUUAAUAAAACUUGAUUUUUUUCUUUAGCGUCUUUUGAUAAUUGCAUGCAGUUUAACAGUGUUUCCUCUUCUAUUUAGUGUAUCAUUAUUUUUCUCCCUCUUCUCCCCCCACCAAAAAUGUGGUGCCUUUCCUAAGUGCUGUAGCACCUCGAUUGUAAGAAAAAGACCAUUAAACAUCUAUAAACACCCCCUGUCCUAAGCGUGCUGCUACCAAGUCUUUAUUUGAAAGUUGUACUGCAUUAC